GUUUUAUGUGGUACGAAGGCUAGACGCAGUUUGAGAGAAAAACGCGCCAGUUCUCACGGUUAACGAUCAUUCGUUUAAUUGAAAUAAUUGUAUUUUUCGAAGCAGAAACUUUUGAAGGGAGCCGCGCCUGCCGGCGGCGUCGUGACGUCACCGCGCGUUCCGUUGCGCUGCGCGCGCGGCCCGGGUUUUUACCGCAAUGCAUCAGUGCGAGCGUCACCGGGAGCCGCGCGGAAUGGCGUUAAACACCGACAGACCUCCGUUUACCGACCGCACGCGCCAGUCCGAUGCCUGAGGAGUCUGCCGCGGAGGCAAGGGACGGUGUGCGCGUGAACGCGUGAACGUGACCGUGUUUGCGGCGCGCGCUUUAUUUAGAUGUUAAUUAAUGUCAAAGAUGCUCGGACGACCUGCACAGAGCUGCUGUUGAUCUCCGCUCAGUGAUUCGGUCCUAAAGAGUCAGGGACGCAGGAAGGCAGAGGAUCGGGGCCCCUGGCUGCCCGAGGAGCCCGGACUGGUUUUGCACACUAAACGUCUUUCUGGAGCAGAAGACCUCAGAUGCUGCUGGUCUAGUCGUCUGGGUCGGUCACAUGACUCUUCUGAAGCUCUCCUGAGCGGGACAUGAAGAUCCAGCACUAGAGGACAGACUGAGAGAGAGAGUGUGUGUGUGUGUGUGUGUGUGUUUAUCUGCUGCUGCGAUGAUGAUGAAGACGAAGAUGGACGCGAAUAUGAGACGUCUGCUGCUCCUGAGUGUGUUCUUCUCGUUCUCCGUGUCUCUGUGCAGCGGAGCCUGUGCCGAGGUGGACUCCGACACCGAGGCCGAGGCCGGAGAGCCCUUCAAGCUGGGCUGCAUCUCCUGUAAGAUGAGAGGAGAGGUGGAGGCCACGGCCACCGUCGACUGGCUCUUCAGAGCGAGAGGGGAAGCCGACUUCGUGCACAUCUACAGCUACGACGGAGAGGCGGCCCGGAUCAUCGACGAGCGCUUCCAGGACCGCAUGGAGUGGCACGGCAGCAGGAACACCUUCGACCUCCAGGACGCGUCUGUGGACAUCCUCAACGUCACCUUCAACGACUCGGGCGUCUACCGCUGCAUCUUCAACCGCGUGCUGAGCUACAAGCACUACGAGUUCUCCACCAUCGCCAGCAAAGAGGUGCACCUCACGGUCGUGGCCAAAGCCACUCGCGGCACGGCCUCCAUCGUGUCAGAGGUCAUGAUGUACGUGUCCAUCAUCGGCCUGCAGCUCUGGCUCCUGGUGGAGAUGAUCUACUGCUACAGGAAGAUCGCCGCGGCCGGAGAGGAAGCGCUCAGAGCCAGCGCAGCGGAGUAUCUGGCGAUCGCGUCCGAGAGCAAAGACAACUGCGCCGGCGUGCAGGUAGCAGAAUGACCUAACUAGCACAGGUUUCUCGGGACGCUCUUCCUUCUGAACUGCUGUCACUGUCUCUGUUUUUAUAAGCGUUUCUUACCUCCUGACCCGACCUCCUCCGCAUGACCUUUAUACGCUAUGCAUGGAUAAAACCCUCACCGUUCACGGCAAUACCGCAGCCGUCCGAUAGAGACGCAGUACACUGACUUUGCACUAGAGAUCAGUAAAGAGCAACCCAUCUUUGUUGAUCACAUAUCCAGGCCAUAUCUAUAUAUAUAUAUAUAUGUCUAUAUAUCUACUGUACGAGCAUCUGAGAGCCGAGCGCCAUGCAAUGCUAGGGUUGCAUGAGCUGAACGUGAACGUGAAUGCAGACACAAUUUCUAUCCGUUUCUACACCGAGAGGAAGCUCUUCGAUCGCUCCGGCUCCAGAGAGUGGUCGUGUAAUCCAAGUGCAAUACGAGAAUCAAACUCUAGCUCUUGAAUGUAGCAAGCACUCGCCGAAUGUGUGAAAAGCAUUGUGGGUAAGCACAUUAAGACACCCGAUCGCCCGCCCCGUCCCGCUGUGUGCCGUUUUAAUGCAUGCCCACACCGCCAGGAUCCGAUAUAGGCCCUUUCUGAUCUAAUGUGAGCUUCUGUGGGAAACGCUGAAGAGAAUGCUGGGAAACGCAGGCUGGUGGGCGAGAGAGAGAGAGAGAGAGAGAGAGAGAUGUGCAAAUUAAACGGCUUCAAAUGAA